GCGCCUCGGGAAGGGGGGGCCGAGGUCCGUCCUGCGAGUGGCCCCCAAGGGUGUGGGGGCGGCGUCCUUGGGGUGGCCCUGGGGCCUGGCAAAGCCCCUCUGCAACUCCACCGUCCUGGGCCGUGCAGUGAGACGAGCCCGCCCGGGCUGAGGGGGGAGGUGCAUCGUUUGUGGCCCCACGGUGGCUUUGCGGCUUUAAUUUGAUGGAAUUAUUUCCUGAUCUACGCUGGUGUAGGGGCUAAGUUCUGUUAAAAGAAUUAUCAGUAUGGAAGGUAUUCAACUCUCUGAUAGUGGUGAAGAGGAACAGACAUCUGUUUCAUCAUUUCAGGAAGAAGAAAAAGAUGACAUAACAGAACAAAAGCUUAGGGAAGAGCCAGAAGAUGAUGAUAAAACCAGAAGCAAGGAAAAUUCUAAAGGAGUUGGAGGAGACUUUGAUUAUAGCAGGGAAGGCUUGGAACAUUAUGUGAGCAAUGUUAAUAAUAAUAAUAACAAUAAGACCAUGAAAUAUGCAGACAGAGUUUCGAUAUUAACCCUGCGCAGAAACAUAAACCAGCUUGACAACCUGUCCAAAGAAAAGGAUAUUAUGAUUCAAAAAACCAGAGAGGAGCUCAGUGCCUGCCAUCUACGGAUCAAAAUACUCACAAAGCAACGAGAGAGUGUAGAGACCAAAAUAGAAAAAGAGAAGAAGGCUGGAAAUGCUGCAGCUAUGUUUCGCCUACAGGCAGCGCACAGACGACUGUGCACUGAACUGGAGAAUGCAAAAGACCUUGAGCCAAAAAUCGCUUUGCUGCUGAAAGAAAAUGUGUAUGAUAUGUGGCAGAUUGAAAUUGAGCAGGGAAAAUUUGGAGGUCUCCGAGAGCAACUUGAAAAGGAUGAGGAGACUCUGGAGAGACAGUACAAAAAACGGACAGAAGAACGGAUUCAAAAGGAAAAAGCUAAAGUCCUGCUGAUGGAACAAAAAGAGCAGGCUGUGAAAAAAAAAGAAAUGGAAUCUCAGGAGGAGUAUGAGCGAAGACAUCAAAAAGUAAUUGAAGAUGCUCAGAGGAAUAAUGAGAAAGCAGUCCAGUGUCUGAAGAAAACCAUGGCCAGGAUAUAUCAGAAAAAAGCAAAAGAAGAACUGGAAACUCAGGAGCAUAUGGAGAGAAGGAUGCAAGCUGUGCUUUCCCUGAAAAACAACAUAACUUCCAAUAGGGAAACCCUUCGAGCCUUGCAGGCAAGGGAUAAAGCAAGAGCUCUCGAGGCAAAAAACCAGGAGAUGAAAAUGAGAGAAACUAUUCUAGCAGGAGGAGGCAAUGUUGCCAAGGAGAUUUUUCUCCAUAAACGACUGGUGGAGUUUGAAAGACAUAAAUUAGAAUUCAAAGAUCAGCAGAAAUCUAAAAAAAUUGAGAUUGUAGCUCGGAUUUUGCAAGAGGAAGCUUAUAUGCAGAAGCAAGAAAAAUAUCGAUCUCGUACAGAGGCAGUGAGGAGUUGCAGUAAACUUCAGGAUUCUGCGCCGUGGAAAAUUAAAACAUGGAAUUAUAUUGAAAAGACCUGUGAAGAUCCAGCUGCAGCAGUAUUGCAGAAGUCUUGGCGCUCUCCAUCUGCUUGUGCCUCAGUUGAUGAAAAAUCCAGUUCUGAGAAGGAUUUUUCAGGAAAAGUAUCACACAGUAUGAUUUAUGGAAAUGAUGAGGAAGAAAGUGAGGAAGAGCAGGACGAGACUCUAGCUGAGCCAGAGUUUACAGGACUUUGGAGUCAAGAAUAUGCCUUAAACAAGGUGUCAAAAGAAGAAACUGAUCUAAAACCGCAUGGCGCAAGUAAAAUGGAAAGAGAGAUUUUCACUCAGAACCUGAAGAAACUCCGAAGUGGAAUGAUUCACAAGCAAGUAGUGUCCGGUCAUGAAUUUAAGGGAUGCCCUUUUUAUAGCAAACCAAGUGUCAUUCACUUUGAGGACUUUGAUGUUGGUAAAACCUACAAAAAGAAGAUCAUUUUGAUAAAUGCAUCCUACAGUGUUAACUUCUGCAAGCUGGUGGGAGUCAGUGAGCAUCUUAAGGAUUUCAUCAGUAUUCACUUUGAUCCACCUGGCCAGAUGUCUGCUGGAAUGUCGUGUGAAAUGGUGGUAACAUUUAAGCCUAUGAUAAAUGAAGAUCUUGAAGGAGAAGUAACAUUUUUGGCUCAGACUGGUUCCUUCUCCAUUCCAUUGAAAUGUACAGUCAAGAGAUGUGUUCUGGCACUAGAUAAAGAGCUCAUUGACUUUGGCACUCAUGUGGUAGGAGAGACAAUUUCACGGACCAUCACCUUGACAAACCGUGGAGCUUUGGGAACAAGAUUCAAACUACAAACGUCAGCAGGUGACAGUGGUACAUGCACAACAGCAACAAAAUCAUCCCUCAAAAGAGUGAUUAGUCCAACACUGGAUGGUGUCAUUUCUGAAGAGAGGGAUAGCAGCAGUCCUAUGGGAUCUGUGUUUGAAAAGAAGGAACAAGUUUCUCCUGAUCAGACAGAUGAAACUAUCAAAUGCUUAAGUCAGCCUGAGAGCCAGAAGACUAAAACAAGCCUCGGUAGCAGCUGUACAAAACAAUUCAGUCAAGAUGCACCGAUCCCAAAGGCAGAUCUGGAAGCAAAAAAUACACAAAGCCCACUGGAACCUCUACUUGAAGAAUCACCAGUUGAAAUUACAUUGGGCAAGGUUACAGAAGGUGAAAUUGGACCCUUUAGCUCCGUCAAACUUCAAGUUAUUUUUGUUCCAGCCAUUCCUGGGGAUGUUCAGGCAGAAUUUGUAUUUACAUUUGACAACCAAAACUCCAACCCACUGUUCUUUACUGCCAUUGGUGUUUCUGUUGAUGUGCCAGUUUGGGUAACAAAUCCAAAUGUUGAUCUAAAGAUUUGUAUGUAUGACAGACUAUAUCAGGACUGUAUCGUCAUUCAAAGCAGAGCAAAAGCUGCAUUGCGCUUGAAGUUUGAAGUAUGCAAAAAACUGAGCAAAUACAUGGAGCUGCUUCCGAAAACAGGUUACAUUCAAGCCCAGUCAUCCUUCAGUGUGCAACUGAAGUUCCUGCCCAGACACUCUCUUCCAGAAGAUGCAGGAGAAUAUUUUGAUAAGGAGACAAGGGUUCUGGAAGUCCCAAUGACGAUAUCAGUUGCUGAUAAGGUUAAACCAGUUACAUUUACUGUCCAUGCAAUUGUUACCACCUCUGAUUUAGAAAUCAGUCCGGCUGAAGUGAAUUUUGGAUAUUGCACUAUCUAUGAAGCUGUUCAGACAACCAUCACUCUAACAAACAAAUGUAUCCUGCCACAAGAAUUCGGAUUUGUGGAUCUCCCUGAGUUUGUUGAAAUUCAGCCUGAUGAUGGAUUUGGGACUCUCCUGCCCCUUGAAAGUCUGAACUUGGACAUAAUCUUUAAAGCCAACAAAGCAAAAGACUACAGCUUUGAGCUAAUCUGCAAGACAGAAAUUAACAGACAAUUCAAGCUGUCAUGCAAAGCAGUUGGAGUCCACCCACCUCUCGAGUUGUCUCAUUCCUUAGUUCAGUUUGCUGCAACAGCUUUAAAUGAUGUAUCUACAGCAACACUGUAUGUGAUAAAUUCACAUGUCAGCCUUAACCGCUUUACUCAUGCUGUCCCAAGAAUUGGCAAAGGGCAAACUGCCCCUGUUGGACCCACUUCCUUUGAAUUUCAUGUGCCAGAAAGUUCUCCUGUGACAGUCAUGCCAUCUGUUGGGACCGUGUUGCCAGGGAAGAAAUGCUUGAUUCAAGUAUCCUUCAGACCAGUACUGUCAGAUCAGCAAAUCAGAAAGGAGGCAGUUCAGAUGCUGAGUAGAGCAACUGCAACAAGGACAUUUUCAGAGAAGAGGAUGCGUGAAUCAGAAAUGCAAGUAAAUAAUAAGAAAAAAGAUGACUCUUUGGCUGGGAAAAGGGAAGGAAGGAAAGCAAGUAUGAUUGGUAUCAAACGACUGUCUAGCAUACACCUUUCCAAGGACAGAGACAGUAAACAUCUGACCACAUCUGGCAUUGAGCUCCCGAAACCAGAAGAUAUAAAACCUCACUGUGAAGAAUAUAUGGCAGCCCAGUCUUCCCUGAUCAGAAAUUUCAGAGGGAAGUUUGAGAAAUACAUCAUACCUUGCUUUGUUGCAAGUGGAGAUAUUGAUGAAAAGAGAGGCUCUGAAACUUUAAACUACAGUCCUUAUAACACCUUGUACCUAGAAUUGCACUGUCCUGCGGUAGCACCAUCUGUUGUGAUCACGUCAGAUAAUGGAAAAAACAUCAUCAACUUUGGGGAGGUUGCAGUAGGGCACAGAAUAACUAAACAAAUUACAAUACAAAACAUCUUGGAUGAGCAGCUAGCAGUAUCCUUGACUGGAAUAGGCUUCUCCAUCCUGAAUCCCCAUGGUCCUUUCCUAUUGGUCAAUCCAGUUGAGUGUCUUCAGCCAGGGAAAAACCAGCUUCUUGUAAUUUCUUUUUGUCCAGAUGAGAACAAAUUGUUCUUUGAAACCCUGGAUAUCUACACUGUAAAAAACACCCUGACUCUCAGCAUUACUGGACAUGGGGUUACUCCCUCAAUUGCUUGUUCUGUGGAAGGAGAAAUACUUGAUAUGGGAUAUGUCAUAGCCAAAGAGAAGGGCACUUCCACAUUCAAGAUACAGAACACUUCCACUCUGGCCCUGAAGUACUCCAUGCAACUGGAAUCACUCUCACAAACAAGGGACAGAGAGCUGCAGAAACUUCCUUCCUUCCUAACAUCUCCCACAAAAAGGACAGAACUUGUUGGGACACAAAACUACAAUGGUUCGAGUGUGUUCAGUGUCUUUCCAGUAGAGGGAGUAAUUGACAUUGGAAAGAGUCAGGAUUUUACUGUCACCUUCAGCCCUGACCACGAAAGUUUAUAUUAUUCCGACUGCCUUAAGGUCAUACUCUUUGGCAAGGAAAUAGCCCAUGUGAUCCAGCUGAAGGGUGCUGCAAGAGACCAUAUGAUGUUUGUGGAAGGAGGGGAUCCGUUAGAUGUGACCAUAGAGUCCCUAGUUGUAACAUCACCUAUAUCUGAAGAAGCCGCAAAAAGAGAGUUGGAAGAGACAGCAAAGUCUAUUCUCCUAAGCCUGGAGUACAUCCAGGGAGAGACUUCUCCAACCCCAGCAAUGAGGGAGCUGAAAGUUGGAGCUAUAGGAGCAUCUCAGUUUGCAUCCAAAAAGAAUGUAGAGUUCAGUCUGGAUGGCCUGGCACUCCUGCAGCAGAAGGGAUUUACUGUUGAGCCUAUAAAAGGAACAGUUGAUCAUGGGCAGACAAAAUGCAUUAGUGUUUCUUGGGUGCCACCUACUGACUUUGAUCCGGCUCAUCCUUUGACAGCAACAGCUACAUUAACCUUAAAAGGAGACAUUAAAGAAACAUACAAAGUCCUCUUCAUGGCCAGAGUUGUGUCUGCAUUAACUCACUAAAGGAAGAAGCCUGGCUAAACCUGAAGAAAAAUGGAGGAUUGCUCGUACUUAACCAGUCACAAGAGCUCAGCUGGAUUGGUGCAAGAAACUUCAGGAUCAUUUUAGUCUCUACAUGCAAAUAUGUACUAUUUCUACUGUCUACUGAAACUAUUUACUACAAAACUCUGAACUCUGGUCCUGGAAGUUUCACUGGAACUGAAUUUCUGAAAGGGACCCCAGGUAAAGUGUGAACACACCAACAAUUGCUGAUAUCCUGAAAUAUAUUGUAUAUCUAAAACGUG